AUGGUCGUGAGGUUGAUAUUGCUGGUUCUGUUUGCUUAUAUAACUCUGGCACAACAUUUGGUGCCUCUGGUUGUAUCAAAAUGGGCCGACAAGCACCACAAAAUAAUGCACAGAGCCGGAGCAACUGAUAAGAAGACUGUCCUGUUAAACGAAGGAGACACACUGAACUUAUCGCUUUGUGUAAGACGAACUGCGUUUUAUUCAAUAGCCAGCAUCUGUUAUUCCAAUGACGGAUUUUCUGAUAACAUUAUAGCAACAUUGGAUGGUAUACCUAUAGGAAAUUUUACCUCAAAGACGAAUUCUAAAUAUGGUGUGUUGUGGAACAAUUUCUACAUCUCAGACAGAAUUACUGAAAGUAUGGUGCUUGAAACAGGGGUACAUCAUCUUGAGUUAUUCGUACAUAAUUCCGAUAAAUAUGGCAUUGAAAUUGACUCUGUGAAUAUUGAGACAAACGAUACUACUGUUGGAGAAUCUAUUUUGGCGUGUUAUUUACAAUGCCUGGCGAAUUUCGAUUCUACGAAAGAAAAACUUCAGUGCUCUGCAAGGAGUAAUAUGGAAUUGGUUCAACGAAGUUUUCCAACUUUGUGUGCUGAGCAAGAUAAUAUCGAUAUUGCACUUUUUCACCCAAAUAUUCUCAAAUAUCGAAUUGUGGCUUCCUACCCGAAGUACAACACUUCACUAAAUCUAAAACAUGCAGAAUUUAAAAACUGCGAAAAUUUAAGUCCGUCGUUGUUGUGGAGGCUAAGCGAAAAAGAAAAAACAGAUUCUUCACUUCGAUCGACUCUGAUGUCAUUUAAAUUUAGAAUAAAGAAAAAAAUUCCUUUCGUUUUCAAAAUUGAAUUUAAUCUGAAAGGAAAAGCUGAAGGUUUAAUUGAUUCUGAUGUGGGAUCAGUUCUGGAUAUGCAUUUUACAAAUGUUGAAGGACAUUUCUCAGUUGGCUGUUCCUAUACUAUAAGAGGUGGACACCUUUCUCCGAGCAUUAGUUAUUUAAUAACACCAGGUCAUCGGAACCAGACAUGGGGGAUACCAGAUUACACAUGGUCUGAACACCAGUGGAAUGCCAUCAGUUGUAGAAUAGCAAGCGCUUCUGACCAAACAAUUAACAUUAAAUAUAUUCAGCUUUCAAGAAGAAAUGAACGCGGAGAGAAACAAAGCUACAUUUAUAAAGACGAUGACAUCAUCAUAAAAGGAGUCAAUGUAGAUUUUUGGUGGCGCCGACCUAAGACAAUCCUUAUCAACUAUAAAAACAAAUAUUUUCCCAACAUAGAUUUUGUUGUCAUCUAUAGACGUGUCCCGACGACGGCUAACUUCCACCAAAUUUUCGUCUUAUAUCAAGAUGGUAACUCGCGCACUUUACCACUUCCCCCAGAAGAAGUCGAUUGGAUUCCGUUCGGGUCUUCUGUAAUCAUUGGACAAAGUAACUUAAGCGAUUACCGUCCUGUGUCUGAAAUCACAAGAAUUCAAAUUAUGGAGGUAAUUAAAGACAGAGUUCGAUUGAAAGUGAACUAUUACGAUGGUGGAGCGGCCAUCAUUAAUAUUUUGAGUAAACGUAGUGUGACUGAAAUAUUAGUCACACCACUUAUAUACAAACGAUCUCUCUCUACAUUUCCAUUUGCACGUUUUCGUUCGAUGUGGAUAAUUGAUGGUCAAUGUGAUGUUGACCAUCUGCGAACCGACAACAAUCGACCACGGGGCAUUUUGGAUGGUUGGCGAAAUAUGAAAGGAUGCAAAGUCAAUUUCUUUCGGAUGUGUCAAUCUUCUCACUUAACACCCAGCCCGGACAUUAUGAUUGAAAUACUUCCGUAACCUACAAAUGUUACAACAACAUUAACAAAACAACCACUUACCACUACCACCACAAUCAAGAAAAUCUUGACACAGCUCUACUAAAACAACAACAAAAGACAAAGAAAGAAGGAAA